GAGCAGGGAGCCUGACACUGGACCUGAUCUCACGAUCUGUGCCACCCAGGUGCCCCAGUAUUCUUCUUUUAACUUCUAAAGACUUUUUUCAAUCCACAAAAAUAGGAAGAAAAAAGAAAGGGAACAAUAUUUUGGUGAGAACUAACUCAGUUGUGGUUUUCUGGGAGUUAGUAGUGAGUUAAGUGUUUUCGAUUACAACACUGUUCUCACAGGCACAUGCUGAUUAACAACUUUAUGUAUGCAGAAAUGGUGAUACUUUCAUUUGUAUUUUUUUUCCACAGGGCCUUCUUAAUUUGGGAGGUCACUGCCAUUUUCCACAAAUUUUAAAAAUAAAAAAUAAAAAAGAAUUUUUAUAUUUAAAACCAACAUUUUUCUCUCAGGACCAUUUCUUCAACUUGGUGUUUACUGGAGGAAGUUAAGAAAAGAAAGAUAAGAGAUGUGUGUGGAGGUGAAGACAUCCCAGGAGAGCUACAGUCUCAAGAGAGCAGACAAUCAUGAAGUUCCUGAAAUGGAAAUGGAUGGUGAAACUGAAAAUAGAGCAAGGGGAGCUGAGAGCAUACCUGAGAUGGCAGAGAGCAGAGCUGUGGCAGGACAUAGCACUCAGUCAAAAGUGUGGUGCACUGUUGCUUUCAUUUCGUUGACUGUGAACCUGGUGGUGCUGGCUGGACUGGGGACACUGGGCCUGACGUAUUAUUGGAAACUCAUCUUCAACAACAGAACAACAAAUGAUAUUGAACAAAGCAAUAUACAACAGUUGGAAGAAAAUUUAAUGCUAUGCAUGAAUAUGUAUAAUAAUGUCUCAAAUGAGCUUAUCAUUUUUGAAAAUAUGACACAAAACAUAUUAAAAGAGCUGACAAACUUUACCUCAGAAUACUGUGAAGAGUUAAUGAAGAAGGAAAAAGAUGUUCAAUUUCACUCAUGUUUGGAAUCAUGGUAUGGAAAUGGAAGCCAAGGUCAUGCCCAGAUGAAUAUGGACAGUAAGAAAAAUUGCAAUAAUACCCAGGUGUUCUUUCGAUGUUUUCCAUUACCUAUCCCCUGGGUGGAUCUGGAUUCUCCUUUCAAGAAGACAAAUUGGGAAGAAGGAAAGGUUUUAAAAUUUUGCAUUGUGACCUAUUUGACACUUGCUGAAAACAGCAAAGUAAAAAACACGACAAUGGGACACACACCAAAUACAACUCAACUCCUGGAAACAAGCAGGGUUACAGAAAGUAACCAGAGGUCCAGAGAUGGGGACAGGGUCAUUCAUGAUGGGCAUUAAGGAGGGCGUAUGAUGUGAUGAACACUGGGUAUUUUACACAAGUGAUGAAUCAUUGAAUAUUA